GGGGAGAGAAAUCUACUCCAACUUCGGCCACUUUCCCUGGACAUUUCCGCGGAGGGAAACCAAUCCCUGGUAUGUAAACAGAUAAGCGUUCAGGGUUUGCCAGAUGAGAACAAAUUCCUUUCCUUUUUUUUUCUUUUUUUUUGGAUCCUCCAGUCGGCUGCUGUCCUUCUGCGUACAUGCAAUGUGUCAACACCAGGUUUAGGUCCGACCACAGGACCGACUUCCCUAUUCGACGUUGAAACGAAACUCGCUUCCUGUGACAUCUUAUUAUCAUACAGCAGUCCGUGUUGAGGCGUCAUCGCAUCCUGGGGCAUGCACUCCUCUGAUCGACUUGAGGUCCACCACCGCCAAUUCAUCAGGUCAAUAGCUGGUUCAGUCUAGAGACAAAAACCCCAUCGUCGUCCUCAGAACUGUGAUGCAGGGUUGUUUGGCAUAUUCCGCCAUGUUGCAGCAAUCAGAGCUCGUCUUUGACUUCGCCAGUGACCAUGUCAACCUGUCAGGGUUUAGGGAUCACUCAGAUUUGCCCGCUAUGAUUAUGGAGCCGCUUCCACACCACCACCUGCUAGCAUAUUCAGGGUUUUUAUGUGAAGAACCACAGGCCGAGGACCACCAGUUGCUUAAAGUGGAGCCGUGUGAAAGUGGAGACGAAGAGACCAUGGAAACACUCAUUGCUGCGGACUCAUUUCUUGACCUGGACUGUUCUGACACCCUGUCUUUGGAGCAACACUACUCCCAGACCUUUCUGCCAUCAAUGGGUGAUGUCAUCACUGCUCCUGUCACUCAGGUGACCGUGUCAGCAGGGGGUGUGGUGGGAGCUGUCGAAGAUCCCGACUGGCACUCAUUGCACACUGAGAACCCUGCGACACAGCUGCAGUGCAAAAAGAGAAGUAGAAAACGACAUAGAAGGACCGAUUCUCCGACCCCAGAGAUAGUAGUGAGGAGAAAUAGAUACAAUAAAGGCGGGCACACAUUGUACCUGUGGCAGUUUCUGAUGGAGUUACUGCAAGACAGACAAGUUUGCCCUCGUUACAUUAAAUGGACCAACCCCAACGCCGGGAUCUUCAAGCUGGUCAACUCCAAGGCCGUGGCGAGACUCUGGGGCAAACACAAGAACAAGCCAGAUAUGAAUUAUGAGACCAUGGGAAGAGCGCUCAGGUAUUACUACCAAAGAGGCAUCCUUAAUAAGGUUGAAGGCCAGCGCCUCGUCUACCAGUUCACCUCCCUCCCCGAAGACAUGAUUUACAUAACAGACGGCGAUGGCGGCCAAGAGGACGAAGAGCCCGACGACGGCAGCGCUAACGAGGGGGUGAGCGAGGACUCCGACGACAGCACCGUAUCUUCCGGCAACCAAUCGGUGGACGAGGAAGACCCCGCCCCGCAGAAAAAACCCUCGCUCGUCCCGGCCCCGGCCCCGCCUCCGCCCCACCGCGGCCGGCCCCCUCGGGACGCCGUCCUCCGGCCGUCCAACUCCAGCCUCAUUCAGGAGCAGCACCUGCCCAUCGUGUCCGCCGAGAUGCUGCGCACCCUGCAGAACCUGCAGAAGGUCCAGUCCCUCCAGCCGGCGGGCCACGCCUCGGUCUUCAAAACGGCCCAGCUGCUGGGGAGUCUGUACGAGCAAGACGCGGGGAAGGCCCAGCCGGUGGAGACCCAGCAGCUGGUGCCUCUAAUUGGCUCCGACCAGUAGAAUUUGCGAAACAUACCACUUCCACAGGAAACAACUUCCAUUUCCUCAGCAUAGCGUAGCAAAGAUCGACGUCAUAGCUGGAAAGCUCGACUGAUAUUAUUUGUGACUCCAAAGAUGGACUCUGGUACCCGCCCUCCGCUUGCACUUCUGAGCAGCACACUGUGCUCUUUUUCCCACCUGUAUACUGAAUCAUUCCUCUGCCUUGACAAUGACUUUGCACUAAUGUUUAUCUCUGCUGUAGGUUUUCUCCUGAAAGUGCCUGAAGUUCUCAAUCCUCCUCGUUCGAGGGACGCAUUCCACUUUUUUUUAAGAUAAGUGAACUCUGAUUGUCUUAUGAAUUGUUUAAAAAAAAAAGGGAUCACUGUUAGAAUAAAUUAGCACUGCUGCUGUUAUUAUUUAAGAUUUUUUUCAGCAGUUUUUUUGACAAUCACAAGCGAUCCCUUGACUUUAUUUAGCCACUGUGCCUCUUGUAUUCACACUGUUUGUUUCUCUGCAAUGCACACAUUUUGUCUGAAGUUAUACUUAUAUGGAACUAUGGUCAAAAGUUUACGUACACUUGUAAAGAACAUAAUGUCAUGGCUGUCUUAAAUUUCCAAUAAUUUCUACAACUCUUUUUUUUUUUUGUGUUAGAGUGAUUGGAGCACAUACUUGUUGGUCACAAAAAACAUUCAUGAAGUUUGGUUCUUAUAUGAAUUUAUUAUGGGUCUACUGAAAAUUGGGUCAAAAGUAUACAUACAGCAAUGUUAAUAUUUGCUUACAUGUCCCUUGGCAUGUUUCACUGCCUUCUGGCAAGCUUUUGGUUGAGUUUUUGACCACUCCUCUUGACAAAAUUGGUGCAGUUCAGCUAAAUUUGUUGGUUUUCUGACAUGGACUUGUUUCUUCAGCAUUGUCCAUACCAUACCAUACCAACUUUAUUUAUAAAGCCCUUUAAAGACAAGCACAGUUGAAAAACAAAGGGCUGUACACCACAAAGAAAUAGAGGCAAAGGACAGACUAAAAAAAAACAUUUAGAAAUAAAAAUACACAUUUAAAAAGCAAAUAUAAAUUACCCCAUACUUGCCAACCCUCCCGGAUUUUCCGGGAGACUCCCGAAAUUCAGCGCCUCUCCCGAAAACCUCCCGGGACAAAUAUUCUCCCGAAAACCUCCCGAUUUUCAGCCGGAGCUGGAGGCCACGCCCCCUCCAGCUCCAUGCGGACCUGAGUGAGGACAGCCUUUUUUCACGACGGGAGGACAACAGGGUGACAAGAACUAAAUCAUCCAGACUAGAGAUACAUUGUAUUAUUAUGUUUAUCUUACCUAAAAAUAAAUAUAUUUAUUAAUUAAAAAAAAAAAAAAAACGAAAUACAUUUUUACUAUAUUUUGCUAAAAACAUCAAAAUUAAUUGUAUUUUUAUUUGUAUAUUUUCUUACUCCUUAUUACAUCCAGCCAUAGAAUUAUACGUUAAAAUAAACAUAUUUGAAAUAAUUAAUUUUAAAUUAUCAUAUUAAUUCA